AUGCCUCUGAUCAAAAACAGUGACUCUGGCCAGCCACAAGAUGACUCAACCAUCAUGUCCGAUUCAUACUUCAAAUUCAAAUCUUACUUCAAUCACAAGCGAAUCCUUGGCUGCGUUUCUGGGAAUCUCGACACCACUAUUCUCGGCCUUACCUUUCUCUCAUGCAGCACCUAUGCCUUCGCUUCUUUGUUCGACCGUUUCAUCAAUUCGGGCCUGGUUGCGGGUUUUUGGGAGGGUUUCAAUGAGACCUGCUCUGCCUACAUAAUCGGUUAUCAUCUUGGUCAAAUUCUGCUUGUCAUUGGAUGGAUUGUCACGGUUGUGGCUAUCUGCUUGAUCUUGGGUCUCACUUUUUACCAUUUGGUUUGUCCUUGUUUGCCAGAGUGUGAAGAAGGGGGGGAACCGUCUGGAGCAUUGACCGGUAACGCACGACGACCUGUUAGAUAA